AAUUGCUCAAAAUAUUCAAAGCAUAAAGUUAGAAUUUUUUUUUGUAAAUUUGCAAAAAUUUAUUAAAAAGGCAACCUAACUCUGAAUUAUUGAUUUCUAGAAAGAAAAAGAAAAAGAAAAAGAAAAAUAGAGUGUUAAGUAGCAUAACACAAGAGUUUUUUAGGAGAGAGAAAGUAGAGAGAGAAAACUGAAGUGAUAGAGCUUCAGACAUUGUUAUCCUGCAACUCAUAUUUUUUUUUCUGGGUAAAGAAGAACAGCUUAAUUUGGUGAAAAUUUUAGUGAAUAUUAGUGAAGAGUAGUAAAGAAAAUGGCAGGAGGUGCAGCACCAGCUAAGGCGGAUGAGCCAGCGCCACAUCCACCAAAGGAUCAGCUCCCUAAUGUUUCUUACUGUAUUACAAGUCCUCCUCCUUGGCCUGAGGCGAUUCUUCUUGGUUUCCAGCACUACAUUGUGAUGCUUGGCACAACUGUUCUCAUCCCUAGUGCUCUUGUUCCUCAAAUGGGAGGAGGAAAGGAAGAGAAAGCAGAAGUUAUUCAGACAUUGCUAUUUGUUGCUGGUUUGAACACCCUACUACAGACAACAUUUGGAACUCGAUUGCCAGCUGUGAUCGGAGGAUCUUACACCUUUGUUGCACCAACUAUUUCCAUAAUCUUGGCUGGUCGAUACAGUCAAGAACAAGAUCCUAUAAGAAAAUUCAAGAGUAUAAUGCGGGGAAUACAAGGAGCUUUAAUUGUUGCUUCAACCCUUCAAAUUGUCCUCGGCUUCAGUGGUCUUUGGCGUAAUGUCACAAGGUUUCUGAGCCCACUAUCAGUGGUCCCCUUGAUAUCUCUGGUUGGCUUUGGACUUUAUGAACUUGGUUUUCCUGGGGUGGCAAAAUGUGUGGAGAUUGGCUUGCCAGAGCUUGUGCUUUUGAUAUUUAUUGCAGUGUAUCUAUCACAAGCCACAAAAUUUGGGAAGCAUGUUUUUGAACGCUUUGCUGUUCUGAUCUCUGUGGCUAUAGUUUGGCUAUAUGCACACAUUCUUACGGUGGGGGGUGCAUAUAAUCAUGCUGCACCAAGGACUCAGAUAACAUGUCGUACUGACAAAUCUGGACUUAUAAGUGGUGCUCCAUGGAUUAGAGUUCCAUAUCCCUUUCAAUGGGGUGCACCCACAUUUGAUGCCGGUGAAGCCUUUGCUAUGAUGUUGACAUCAUUUGUUGCUCUUGUUGAAUCCACUGGUGCCUUCAUUGCAGUUUCAAGGUCGGCUAGUGCAACAAUGAUGCCUCCUUCUGUUCUUAGUCGUGGUGUUGGUUGGCAGGGAGUUGGCAUUUUGUUGUCUGGAUUGUUUGGAACCGGGAUUGGGUGCUCCGUUUCCGUCGAGAAUGCCGGCCUCUUAACACUGACACGUGUUGGUAGUAGACGGGUUGUCCAGAUAUCAGCUGGCUUUAUGUUAUUCUUCUCCAUUCUAGGGAAAUUUGGAGCUGUGUUUGCUUCAAUUCCUUCACCAAUAAUCGCUGCCUUGUACUGCCUCUUCUUUGCCUAUGUUGGUUCUGUUGGUUUGAGCUUCCUUCAGUUCUGCAAUCUCAACAGUUUCCGUACGAAGUUCAUAUUGGGUUUCUCCAUUUUCUUGGGUUUGUCAAUACCUCAAUACUUUAACGAGUUUGAAGCAAUUAAGGGUUUUGGGCCUGUCCAUACAGGCGCAAGAUGGUUUAAUGACAUGGUGAACGUCCCCUUCUCUUCGGAAGCAUUUGUUGCUGGAAUUGUAGCAUAUUUCUUAGACAACACCCUGCACCGGAAAGAAGGCCCGGUGAGGAAGGACAGGGGUAAGCAUUGGUGGGAUAAGUUCCGGUCUUUCAAGGGAGACACGAGGAGUGAGGAAUUCUAUUCGCUCCCCUUCAACCUGAACAAGUAUUUCCCAUCUGUGUGAUUUAAUCUUCUGGGUAUCAAAGAGGUAUCACUAAAAAGCAUGAGUUUUCCUCGAGUAUGAUGAUGGUCGUGCUCUAUAGUAAUCAUUGUUUGAUCAAGUAACUUGCAACACUUGCGAUAUGCUAUAGUUCUCAGUAUAAAUUAGUUUGUUACUUUUUGUAGGAUUCCUUUAGGACAAUUAUUUGUUUUUUUCUGUGUUGUAAAUCCAAUGUAUUAGUUGUAACAAAGCAAAGCAACAAAGGAAACAAGGCCAAUGGUUUAUGAGUUUCCAACCCUUGCUCCCGGAUAUCCUACUAAUCCAAGCUACAGAGUCAACUCUGCUUCUGCAGAUCUGCUGUUCCAGACUCGUUGCCAAAUCAUGAAUCAGGAUUUUUAUGAGGGUGUUGUGAUGCUCCCCUUGAAUUCUUCAAACUCGGCUGAACUGACGGUAAAUUUGCAGUCCUGCUCGUUCAUCAAAUAGGCGUGUCAUCUUCAGUGCCAUUGUUGAGAAUUAUAUGGGGAUGCAAGAGUAUAUUUGAGCUCAUGUGUCAUUGGAUCUCCCUUGUGGAAGUUAUAACUAGUUUUGCUACAAGCUGUUCAGAUUCAUUCAGGUUGCGAGUAAGAUGUAUGAAGUACUAGUACUACGUAGUUGUUAAAGUUUCUAGUGUUAUGUAUUAGUAUAAAUUUAUUUAUUUUGGAUGUGUAGUAGUCUAGUAGAAACACAAAAUAACAAUGAGUUCUUCAAUUGUUUUAUAUUGUGUGCC